GCAUUUGGGGGUGUCUUGCCCACUUGGGAGAUAAAGGAACAAGGUUAAAGUCUUAGAAGCUCUUCACUGAAAACCCUAAUAAGGAGAGAUGCAGAAGCUUCCAGAUUAAAUAACAGUCAUUUACUGAGGGCCUUGCUGGCUCCAGAAGGAAUAUGUGACCUCAGAUAUAUGAACACCCACCUGGGGGCAAUUUGUAUCCACUUUUCUAACUUUUAGCGGCUUGGCGAGGUAAGGAUUAUUUCCAUUCUACAAGAGGGUUGGGGUGGUGUCACGUGAACCCACAGCAUCUUACAAGGAUUCAAACCCAGGCCAGGAAGCCUGGGCUUUUGUUCUCAGUCAAAUUGUCCCACUACCCCAGUUUCUUCCCACUCGUCCAAAACAGCUCUCUCUUCAGCUGCCUGAAGGACCUUGUGGUUUCCUUAUUACGUCACCCGUUCAGUCACAAUUGGGCUGAGAGCGGAGCGAGGCCCGGCCCGCCAGGUCCCCAGGGCAGCCCUGCCAGCCCAGCCCAGGCCAGCCUGGCCUAGCCACACACGCACCAUGAAGUACCCUCUGGUACCGCUGGUGAACGAGCUGACGUUUUCUUUCCUGGUGUUCUGGCUCUGUCUGCCCGUGGCUUUGCUGUUGUUCUUGCUGAUCGUCUGGCUACACUUCUUACUCAUCCAAGAUUCAGAGGAAAAUGACUCAGAUGUUUGCUUUGAUUGGGAGCCCUGGAGCAAAGGCCCCACCAAGUUUUGCCACAAGACACUCCAUAGCCAAGAGGAGGAGAGGCCCUGCUAGUGAGCCUAUUCUGCCAGACCACCUCCCAGUCCCUCCAGGGAGGAGCCUGAGCCUGUGAAGACAGUAUAAGCCGGCCCUU